ACAGGGGAUAACCUUAUUGUUCAAGUGUAAAUCUAACAGUCGUUUAAAACUUAAACAACAUUCUCGUCGCAUACUCUUCUAAAACAAGCAAAGCAGCCGCCAUUUUGUUAAAACCUGCACACUGCAGAGCCUAGCUAAUAAAAGAACAGCAUUUGUGGUAGAACGCUAGCAGAUUACACUAAAAUUCGUUAUGAUACUGGGAGAAUUUAAGUGGCUUGAAGAGCCGUAACAACCCUUUAAUUUCCUGGUCCAUGUAGUAGGUAUUGGUACGUAUGUCACCUCCGUAGGGUUUGACCUUUCUUUACUUGGUUAAAUAACUUGUUAUUUGUAUUUUGCAGCAGAGACCUGUAUGAACGUGUAUAAGGAGCGAUGAAUAUGCUUUCGAGAGCGGAAGGACUAAAACUACUUCUGCUUUGUGCGUGCGUAGGAUUUUCCAAGGGCGUCACCAACUUUCAGAACUUAUUGGCAAUAUGGCGUCAUUACAGCGGCCAACUGAUGGAUGGGAAUAGCUCCUACUACGGAUAUUAUCAAGGUGGGGGCGCAUGCUCUCUGGACCCUUUAACUUCAGACUACAGCCACAAAGGUUGGAUCAAGGUUGCGGCAGGGGAUGGCGAGUUUCAGAAGUCGCUAGGAUGUGGAAUGUGCGUGGAAAUCAAAGGUCACGGAAUUCUGGCAGAACUUGCUGAAAAAGGAACAAUUCCAAAGACGCCAAUCAUAGGACCGAUAUACGCUUUCGUAAUUGAUCGCUGUGGAAACUGCAAACAAGGCUUUGACUUAUACGCACCUGGCUCUGACCAAUGGAGGACGCAGUUUAGAGCGAUCGAUUGCCCAACAGUUACUGGUAUCAAUGGAAACAUCAAGUUCAGAUUUGUAGAAAGCAAUCCAUGGGCCAUGAAACUACAAACGAGAAAUUCUAGGCAAGUUCUUCCAUAUCGACAGUAAGGCUUACUUAACUGUAAG